CCCGCGACCCUGCGUCGACGUCGGCGGCCGCGACGGCUCGGGCGGGAGCGCGCGAGCCCGAGGAAUCUCGCGAUUGGCCGGCCGGGCGCCCACUCCCAGAAUGCAGCGCAUGGCGCGUCAUUGAAGAGAGACCAUGAUGGCGGCGGCGCUGGGGCCCCCAGAAGUGAUCGCUCAGCUGGAGAACGCGGCCAAAGUUCUGAUGGCGCCACCUUCCAUGGUUAACACCGAGCAGCGCCAGCAUGCCGAGCACAUAUUCUUGUCAUUCAGGAAGUCAAAGUCACCGUUUGCCGUUUGCAAGCAUAUUUUGGAAACGAGUAAAGUGGACUAUGUCCUCUUCCAAGCUGCCACGGCCAUCAUGGAGGCCGUGGUCCGAGAGUGGAUUCUCCUGGAGAAGGGCAUUAUCGAGUCCCUACGCACCUUCCUCCUGAACUAUGUCCUGCAGAGGCCUCACCUCCAAAAGUAUGUUCGGGAACAGAUUCUAUUAGCAGUAGCAGUAAUUGUAAAACGAGGAUCAUUAGAUAAAUCAAUUGACUGCAAAAGCAUUUUUCAUGAAGUCAGCCAGUUGAUAAGUAGUGGCAACCCCACUGUGCAAACUUUGGCCUGUUCAAUUCUCACUGCACUGUUGAGUGAAUUCUCAAGUUCAAGUAAAACGAGCAACAUUGGACUGAGUAUGGAGUUCCAUGGCAACUGCAAAAGAGUUUUCCAGGAGGAAGACCUCCGCCAGAUCUUCCUGCUGACGGUGCAGGUGCUGCAGGAGUUCAGCCAGCGGGAGCACCUUAGCGCCCAGAUGUCGUCCGUGUUCCAGCGCUACCUCGCCCUGGCCAACCACGUCCUCAGCUGGAACUUCCUGCCUCCAAACCUGGGCAGACAUUAUAUAGCCAUGUUUGAGUCCUCACAGAACGUGCUCCUGAAGCCGACGGAGUCCUGGCGGGAGGCCCUUCUGAACAGCAAGGUCAUGGAGCUGUUCUUUACCGUACAUCGAAAGAUCAGAGAGGAUUCUGACAUGGCCCAGGACUCGCUGCAGUGCCUUGCACAGUUGGCGUCCCUGCACGGGCCUGUCUUCCCUGAUGAGGGCGCUCAGGUGGACUACCUCUCCCACUUCAUCGAGGGCCUGUUGGGCACCAUCAACGGGAUUGAGAUAGAAGACUCUGAGGCUGUGGGCAUCUCCAGCAUCAUCAGCAACCUGAUCACCGUGUUCCCUCGCAACGUGCUGACUGCCAUCCCCCGAGAGCUGUUCUCUUCCUUCGUCAACUGCCUCACGCACCUCACCUGCUCUUUCGGGCGCAGCGCUGCACUGGAGGAAGUGCUGGACAAAGACGACAUGGUGUACAUGGAGGCAUACGACAGGCUGCUGGAAUCCUGGCUGACGCUGGUACAAGACGACAAGCAUUUCCAUAAAGGCUUUUUCACCCAGCACGCAGUCCAGGUGUUCAAUUCCUACAUUCAGUGCCACCUCGCUGCACCCGAUGGCACAAGGAAUCUGACUGCCAACGGAGUGGCCUCUCGGGAGGAAGAAGAGAUCAGUGAACUCCAGGAGGACGACCGAGACCAGUUUUCUGAUCAGCUAGCCAGUGUAGGAAUGCUAGGACGCAUUGCUGCAGAGCACUGUAUCCCUCUCCUGACAAGUCUGUUAGAGGAGAGAGUCACGCGGCUCCACGGGCAGCUCCAGCGGCAGCAGCAGCAGCUCCUCGCCUCGCCCGCCUCAGGCUCCGCUGACAGCAAGACGUUAGACGACCUGUAUGAGGACAUCCACUGGCUCAUUCUAGUUACAGGCUACCUCUUAGCUGAUGAUACUCAGGGAGAGACUCCGCUAAUACCUCCAGAAAUAAUGGAAUAUUCCAUUAAGCAUUCAUCUGAAGUUGACAUUAAUACAACACUUCAAAUUUUGGGAUCUCCAGGAGAAAAGGCUUCUUCCAUCCCAGGGUACAACAGAACAGAUUCUGUGAUUAGGCUGUUGUCUGCCGUCCUCAGAGUUUCAGAAGUUGAGUCUCGGGCAAUAAGGGCUCACCUCACACACCUGCUAAGCCCUCAGAUGGGCAAAGACAUUGUCUGGUUUCUAAAGCGUUGGGCAAAGACUUACCUCCUGGUGGAUGAGAAGCUGUACGAUCAGAUAAGUGUGCCGUUCAGCACAGCGUUUGGAGCAGACACAGAGGGCUCUCAGUGGAUUGUUGGCUACCUCUUAGAGAAGGUCCUGAACAACCUCUCGGUGUGCAGCAGCGAGCAGGGCCUCGCGGACGACACGGUUCAGCUGCUUGUCACGCUGGUGGAGAGAAGGGAGAGGGCAAACUUAGUCAUUCAGUGUGAAAACUGGUGGAACUUAGCCAAGCAGUUUGCAAGCCGAAGCCCACCUCUGAACUUCUUGUCCAGCCCUGUGCAGAGGACGCUGAUGAAGGCGCUUGUCUUGGGAGGGUUUGCACACAUGGACACAGAAACCAAGCAGCAGUACUGGACAGAGGUUCUUCAGCCGCUUCAGCAGCGGUUCUUGAGAGUGAUAAACCAGGAGAACUUCCCACAGACAUGCCAGCAGGAGGAGGUGAAGCAGGAGAUCACGGCCACGCUGGAGGCCCUGUGCGGCAUUGCUGAGGCCACCCAGGUGGACAAUGUGGCCAUCCUUUUUAACUUCCUUAUGGACUUCCUUACCAAUUGCAUUGGGUUGAUGGAAGUUUACAAAAACACACCAGAGACAGUCAACCUCAUUAUAGAAGUUUUCGUUGAAGUUGCGCAUAAGCAGAUAUGCUAUCUUGGAGAGUCCAAAGCCAUGAACUUGUAUGAAGCCUGCCUCACUCUGCUGCAAGUGUAUUCAAAGAAUAACUUGGGGCGGCAGAGAAUCGAUGUCACAGCUGAGGAGGAGCAGUACCAGGACCUUCUGCUCAUCAUGGAGCUUCUGACCAACCUUCUGUCCAAAGAGUUCAUAGAUUUCAGCGACACAGAUGAAGUGUUCAGAGGUCAGGAGCCUGGGCCGGCAGCGAGCAGAUCUGUGUCAGCGGCGGACGUUGUGUUAUAUGGAGUGAACCUGAUCCUGCCUUUGAUGUCACAGGACCUCUUGAAGUUUCCAACUCUGUGUAAUCAAUACUACAAAUUAAUCACAUUUAUCUGUGAGAUUUUUCCUGAGAAAAUACCACAGCUUCCUGAAGAUCUUUUUAAAAGUCUUAUGUACUCGCUGGAACUAGGAAUGACAUCAAUGAGUUCGGAGGUUUGCCAGCUGUGCCUGGAAGCUUUGACUCCAUUAGCUGAGCAGUGUGCAAAAGCCCAGGAGACGGACGCGCCCCUCUUCCUCGCCACGCGGCACUUCCUCAAGCUGGUGUUUGAUAUGCUGGUUUUGCAGAAGCACAGCACGGAGAUGACCACUGCGGCCGGCGAGGCCUUCUACACGCUGGUGUGCCUGCAUCAGGCAGAGUACUCUGAACUGGUGGAAACACUGCUGUCGAGUCAGCAAGACCCAGUCAUUUACCAGAGGCUAGCUGAUGCCUUCAACAAGUUGACCGCGAGCAGCACGCCCCCUGCGCUGGACCGGAAGCAGAAGAUGGCCUUCCUGAAGAGUUUAGAAGAGUUUAUGGCAAAUGUUGGUGGUCUCCUUUGUGUAAAAUAAACAACAGAGCUUUAUGCUGUACCAGA